AUGGCCCGAUCAGUACUCCCCAGUGAAGCAGUUCACACAAAUGGUACUCCGCGGCUCCGAGCACACAGCCCCAUACAAAAUGCAACACAACCACAGCGACCCGGCGUACUACCAGAACAACCAGGCAUAACAGCAGAAGUAACUCCUCCAGCACUAGAACCAGCUCCUACAGCAGCAACACCAUCUCCCACAUCAGCAGUAGCAGAACAAACUCCUUCACCAGCAGUAGCAGAAGAAACACCAUCAGCAACAGCAGAAGCAACUCCUCCAGCAGAAGCAACUCCUCCAGCAGAAGCAACUCCUCCAGAAGAAGCAACUCCUCCAGCAGAAGAAACUCCUGCAGCAGAAGCAACUCCUCCACCAGAAGCAACUCCUCCAGCAGAGGCAACUCCUCCAGAAGAAGCAACUCCUCCAGCAGAAGAAACUCCUGCAGCAGAAGCAACUCCUCCACCAGAAGCAACUCCUCCAGCAGAGGCAACUCCUCCAGAAGAAGCAACUCCUCCACCAGAAGCUACUCCUCCACCAGAGGCAACUCCUCCAGCAGAAGCAACUCCUCCAGCAGAAGCAAGUCCUCCAGCAGAAGCAACUCCUCCACAAGCAACAACUAAACCAACUUCUCCACCAGCAGAAACAGAACCAGCUCCUCCUCCAUCAUCUUCAGGGGUAUCAGAAAAGAAUAGACCAGUCACAGAUUGUGACUCCUUCUCAUCCAAUGACUGUGUCGUUAUUAUGGGAGGUUCAUAUGAUGUAGCAAGAAAUCAAGCAAAUGAUGCAAAUAGACAUAUGAAAAUGGUACUGGAAGGUGAACUGUGCCAGCUAAAGAAUGGAGGCUCUGGGAAGUGCCUGCAUAUCAGUUUAUGUCCAUCAGCUAUCCACAAGGUGUACAAAGGUAUCGAGCUGGACAUAUGUGGCUUCCAAGGCAGUGUAGCUAUCGUGUGUUGUGAAGAUCCUGCUGCCUCCAAUCAACUAAUCGCAGGAGAUCAACCACCUAGGUAA